UAAUUGCCAAACGUUGAUGAAAAAUAUGGAACAUUUGAGUCAUACAAGGAUGAUACCAAUAGUUUUCCUUCAAUGCAGACUACCAUUGAUGCUUCACCAAUACCGACUCCCACUUGUGUUCCUUUACGAACGCCUACACCAACUCUCAUUCCUCCAAGGAUCUCAAUAUCUAGAAGCGUCUCUCCACAAACGCUAUUCAGUACUUCGCGAAUAUUGGCGACAAAUGCGAAAAAAGCAAAAGACCGAUGUCUUGCAAACAGCUUUAAUAGAAGCUGUAGUAACUCUGUAAAUGGAGUAGGGAGACUCCGUAGGUUUAGACAGCGUGAUUCGGAUGACGGCAACCAGUGCCUGAUAGGCUGCCUGCGACACCGAGACACGUCAAUUAAUCGUGCUCUCCUGACCGAUAACGGUAGUAAUAAAGAAACGUUCUUGCCCCGAAUUUUCCUGGUGUUCGGUCAUUACAAGUGGCGACGAGGAUGGGAUCUAUUUAAAUGGGUGACGAAGAUUCAUCCGACAUUCGCGAACUUAUAAAAAAGGGGCAAACGGCGUGGAUUCAAAAUUUGACUAAAGAAAAAUGGCAAAAAGUGUGUUGCGAACUUGAGAUCCAGUACGAAGCACGAGAUACAUUGGACGACUUGAGGAAAUUGGCGCUUCGUGAAAAACAACAGCGCGGUCAAGAUGGCCUAUCUGGGUGGAAUAGAAUCUUUCCGCAAAAACAACAAUUGGAAUGCCUUUGAAAUGCAGUUGGACGCAUUCAUAGCAUUGAAUGAUAUACCAAGUGAAAAAAAAGCGCGUUAUUGUUGACGAAACUAUCAUCUGAAGUUUUUGCGGAAUUAAAGGCAUC